GGAAAGUGCUAUUAUUAUUAUUAUAAUGAGGAUGGAGAAAUUUUGCGUUUCAGACAAGGAAGCAAAAAGAAAUAUAUAUAAUAAGAUAGGUGAUGAUCUUGAGAUAAGUGCGAAGGUGCAUUGCAAUAGUAUUAGUAGUAGUACAGAAUCACUGCCAGCUUGUAAUUCAACGAUGAGGAUGCUUCAUCAUGAUAAUCACUACCGUCCACCUUCAUCAUCAUCGUCAUUAAGAGGUCUUGGUGGUGGUGAUAUUGGCCCCACAUGUAACAGGGCUCCUGCUGGUCCUGAUGAUAUAUACGAUGUUGUUGUUGUUUCAAACGCUGGCUCUCAUGCUGCUGCUGUUGCUUCUGCUGCUGUUAGUGGUGAUGCAGUUGUAAGACCUCUGCAGCCUUUUGACAUUUCCACAACUUCUCCUUCUACUUCUUCUCCCACUACCGCCUUCAAGUUUUCAGGAGGUAUGGCGGCGACUUUGGGUUUUCCUUUUACAAAUGCACAGUGGAAAGAGCUUGAAAGACAAGCUAUGAUAUACAAAUACAUGGUGGCAUCUGUACCUGUUCCUCCUGAUCUUCUCCUACCAAUCAAUACUAGAAACCUCUCUGCCCCUGCUGCUUCCCAAUAUUCCUUGGGAAGUGAUUUCAGUUUGAGGUUAUCAAAUAACAAUACAGAUCCAGAACCAGGAAGGUGCAAGAGGACAGAUGGUAAAAAAUGGAGGUGCUCCAGAGAUGUGGCGCCUGAUCAGAAAUACUGUGAGCGUCACAUGCACAGAGGCCGUCCCCGUUCAAGAAAGCAUGUGGAAGUUCAUGUCAACAACAACAAGAGGACUCGCCAUGAUCAUCAUCAUCAUCAUGCUCUUCCUACUACAUCUUCUGCAACCAUGGCUGUUACCAACCCUACAGUCAACAACAACAUCAAUGGUUCUCACACUCAAUUUAUUGGACCUACCUCUGCUCUGCCAUACCAUCAGUCCCCCGUUUUUCUUGACAAAUCCACUAUCAAAGCCUCUACUUUUGAUUCUUCUCUUUCUUCAGAAAAGGAGUCAACCAGGAACUUGGACUGGAUGAUGAAAGCAGAACCUGCAGCCAUGACAGCAUCCGAUCCACAGUGGCACCAAUUGAUGCAAACAAAAAUGGAAUUGUCCUCCAAAACCACCUCCUAUUGCGACACUUCUAAUUCCUCUGUUUUCAACCAACACUCUGAAGAAGUUCCAUUUCUGAAUCUGAAUUCCUAUUCCAAUUUCAAUACCGGUCAAGAUCAACACGAAAGCGACCAAUGCUCUCUGUUUCUGAACCCAGAAGUGGUUUCUUUGGAAAAUCAAACUCCUGCUGUUCAUGCUGUGCCUGUGGCCCCAAGGAGUUUCAUUGACGCUUGGUCUAACUCAACCAUUGCCGACAAAAGCUGUGUUUCAUCAAGUGCGAAGCUGUCACCUUCUUCACUCACUCUAUCAAUGGGAGGCUGUAACUCCAUAAAUGAAGAAAUGAGUCGGACCCACCAGAUAGGCUCAGGCUACAAUGUAAACCAUAGUAAAACUCAUGUCACAAGCUGGCUAACCCCUCCUUCUUGGGUUGCUCCACAACCAGGUGGGCCAUUGGCUGAAGUACUAAGACCAAGCUCGCUAACGGGCAGUACUACAAGCGCAGUCUCCAAUCCUUCAUCUCCAGUCAAUAACGGCAAAGGAGGAGAUUCUUCUUGUAGUCCAGUGGCGACUACAGUGUCAUCACCAUCUGGGGUUCUUCAGAAAACUCUUGCUUCACUGUCUGAUAGUAGUGGAAGUAGCAGCCCAACUGUUGUUGGAUGUUCUUCUUCAAAUGCCAAAGUAGAGAUUGCUUUGCUUUAGCUUGUGAGGGAGAAAAAAAAAAGGGGGGAAAAAAAAUCAAUGCCAUGGUGUUAAAUGGUUCGUUGACUUAAAAAAUUAAGAUGUUUAGUUAAUGUUUUUGAUUUUCAGACUGUUUUGUUUCCCGUGAACUCUCACAGUGAAAGAGAAAAAUCUGUGUUACUACUGUUGGAAAAAGCUUCUGCUUCUAUGGUGCUGUUCUUGAUGAAUGUAGUGUCUUUAGCCAUAUAUCACGAGGAGAGGACUGUACAUGGGGCUUAGUGUCUUGCCCUCCCUCUCCUCUUUCUGUUUCUGUCGGCAAAAAGAUAUAUGUGCUUUGACUUUGUUGGUUGCUGC